GGGAGGAAAUGAACAGUAUUGUAAACAGGAAGUACUUUCAUUUUAUCCUAAAGUCCGAGUGGAAUGUUUUAAGGGCCUAAAAACAACAAACGAAGUCUUAUUACUGUCCAAUAGGCAACGCCCUCCCACAAAAAACCUUGCCAGAUGACGCGUCAAGCUAACUUAGCAUUAGCUCUCGCCUUGGAACGACGGCAUUAUAACGCCUCUCGGCUCGCAAACCAGCAAAAUGUCUCGUCACACGGUCAAACACAACGAGAUCCAGUCAACCCGUUGACUCGAAGGGAUUGCUGUUCAUUAGCCAGAGAGGAAGACAGCAGGAUUUGCGGUUGGUGACCUUGUGCGAUCGGUCCCUGAGAUGACAUCACAGCAACCUCAAAUCCACGGUGGGGCUAUUCAUCACCAGGUUGCCCACAAUGACUCAGCUCAACAAGCCCAGCCUCACAUUCAGCCUCAUUAUCUGGACUCAAAUCCGAGCGGCGCCACCGCUGGCCGUCUGGACAACAGAGCUUUCAUGCGCCGUCCGGGAUGCUCCAGUUUGGCGACAACGAGCAGCGUUCCGGCCUGUCUUGUGAACUCCAGCGUUUCAAAAGGAUCGGGGAGUUUUGAGCCCUGGCCUGAGGAGGCGGUCGACAAGUCGCAUGGAUUGAACUCGCUCCACCGCAUGUUUGAUAUAGUCGGAGCACAGCUUACGCACCGGGACGUUCGAGUACUGUCAUUUUUGUUCGUUGAUGUGAUCGACGAAUACGAGCGCGGUGGCAUCAGGAGCGGAAGGGAUUUCUUGCUAGCGCUGGAGCGUCAAGGUCGCUGUGACGAGACCAACUUUCAGCACGUGCUCCAGCUUCUAAGGAUUAUCACUCGUCACGACCUUUUGCCUUACGUCACACUGAAGAAACGCCAGGCUGUGUGCCCAGAUCCUGUUGACAAGUAUCUGGAAGAGACGUCAGUGCGCUACAUUUCACCUAGAGGAGCCAUAAAGGGCAGGGACUGUGUUCCUCACAAAAUGACAGGACCCUAUGUUGGCCCGUCCCGAAUGAAAGCAGCUCCUGUACCAAAUGGGUUUUGGAAGCGAAGCCAUUCCUCAGCUGACUUCAGAGAAAAGCAAACUUGUGAUAUCCGCUUGCGCGUUCGUGCUGAAUAUUGCCAGCACGACUCUGCCCUUCAGGGCAACAUCUUUUCCAACAAGCAAGAGGUUGUGGAGCGACAGUUUGAGCGCUUCAACCAGGCCAACACCAUCCUCAAAUCCCGAGACUUGGGCUCCAUUAUCUGUGACAUCAAGUUCUCUGAGCUCACUUACCUGGAUGCUUUCUGGAGGGACUACAUCAAUGGCUCAUUGUUAGAGGCCCUGAAAGGAGUUUUCAUCACAGAUUCUCUGAAGCAGGCAGUGGGCCACGAGGCUAUAAAACUAUUGGUCAACGUAGAUGAAGAGGAUUACCAGGCGGGACGUCGCAGACUUCUUUGUAAUUUGGUGACGAGCGGCGAUCCUCCCGGAGGUAUCAAAGACUGCGUGUCUUAGACGCGAGCUCAAGCAUCCAGAAGGAAUACAACUGUGCCUCCCCGUGGGGAAUUGCGAAAAAAAAAAAAAAAGAUGUGAGGAUGUCGCGCAUAUGGUGCCCGUGUCUGGACUCUGUGUGUGUGUGUGUGUGUAUCUGGAAUUCCAGCAAUCCCACUUGUUUAGCGCAAUGGUCGGAGGAUAGUUGUCGGACCCCAACGUAUAGCAUGCAAGGGGAUUUUGGGACUGUGCGAACGACAAGAAGUAAGAAAAUCCUCAGCUGUGUGAAGUCACUCCAAGUGAGGGGUCUACCGUGUUUUUUUUGUUGGUUUUUUGUUUUUUUUUGCAGAUAAUUUAUUUUUUCAGGUCAGAUCGGUUGUACUAACCCAUUUAGAAAAUGUUUAUGUUCUGUAAAGCACCAACUUAACUAGCCUCACAGGUUGUGUUUUUAAGUUUCUGUUUUCCACCUGUAUAUGUAAGACCAUUUUGUACUAACAGGACUGAUUAUUGCAAAAGUAUUUCGUAUUUAGUUUCAACUGAAGUUGGACGAUGUUUCCCUAAUGUUUCUUAUACUAUUUUUACCACAAAUUCACCAAAUAAUUUUAAACAUUAUUUGUCAUGAGAACAAUAUAUGGUGGAAGUGAAAAUGGUUGCCAUUAAAUGCAUUGGGAUUUUGACAA